AUGAUAUCAGUUCUUGGGGAAUACUCGACUUCACUGAGAGAACGUGCCUCAAGUCGGCAAACCAGAUCAUCCUCGUCCUUAAAUCCCAGUGUUGUUGUCUCUGAUCUUACCGACAGAGACUUUUCCUUUGACGAACGCCUGGUAUCUCCUCGUACUCGGGCUGAGUCUUCUAAUAGAGAUGCCAGAAAUGAUAAUGAUAUAAAACCGGCCGUCAUGGUUGCGGUGGCCAUAGAAAAUAAGUCCUCUUUUGGUUCACCUUCAUCUUCAACAGAUGGAAGUGCCGAGAGUACAACAAACGGAUACUCUACUCCUGCUACAACUGUAAAUGGUACUCCAGCAGAACUUGUCAAUCCUAAGAGCAAACGUGUCAGCGCAUCAGCCCGUGCCCUUCAACUACGGUCAAGUGCAUUCGCUCUAAGGAAAACCUCAGCCGGCACGAAACGUUCUGCUAAGUCUAUUAGUGGGGAUUCUUCACUCGACGAGAGCCCAGAUGCAGCAUUAGCUCGUGCGGUACAGGCAGAAGAGUAUAACGAUGCCAGCUCGAAAAGAGUAAAAUGCUCCCAUGAAAUUCACAAUUCCACUGAUGACGAAUUCAACCAUGACUCUUUGUCCGACGCUCCUGACAAUAAAGACAAGCUGUGUUCGCGGCCGAAAGCUAAUUUAACCCGUGUGACUCGUAGCAAGGCUGGUCAUCAACCUCUCGCACCAGCCAUGAACCCCAUGGACACCAAUCGCGGCUGCAAGAGGAAGGGUGUAUCCAAGGAUAUUAUUGCUGACAGUGAAGGAUCUUCUUUGUCGGAGGCAGAUUCUGAUCUUUCCAACCCAUACAGCAGCGAAGAUGAGAUGGACACGUUCCAGAGUGACUCGAGUGACGAAGACUCUUCUGACGUGGACAUCGAUGAGUUUGCUGCUCCGCUUCCUCCGACCACCAGACCAUUUCGAGCACGCGCCAAAACUACGGCUCCAAGUCAUCGCCGCGUUCGCCGCGUGGGCUCCAUGGGCCGCAUGCGCAUAUAUCCAGAAACUCCUGAAGAAUUCCGAAUGAGUGCACGCGCACUUCGCGAACGAAGAAAACUUCAGAAUCAACAUCCAAUUAUCAAAACGAUGUGGGAUGAAUUGAAAAAAACACCAAUUAUCACUCCUACCCCAGCCCCGCAACCACCAGGCAUCACCAGAAAAUUGAAGUCGUUCCAACUGGAAGGAUUGAACUGGAUGAUGCAGCAAGAAAAGUUACAGUGGAAAGGCGGGCUGCUUGGCGAUGAGAUGGGAAUGGGGAAAACAAUCCAGGCUGUGUCCUUGUUGAUGUCUGAUUACCCUGUUGGCAAGCCGUCAUUAGUCGUAGUGCCUCCAGUUGCUCUCAUGCAGUGGCAGUCGGAAAUCGAGCAAUACACGGACGGUAAAUUGAAAGUCCUUGUGCACCAUGGGUCCAAUUCGAAAGUCAAACACCUUUCAGCGAAACAGCUAAAGGCCUACGACGUGAUCAUGAUAUCUUACGCUGGUCUUGAAUCUAUGCAUCGCAAGGAGGUUAAGGGUUGGAAAAGAAAUGAUGGCCUUGUGAAGGAAGACAGUGUUAUUCACUCAAUCCAUUUCCAUCGCCUAAUCCUUGACGAGGCUCAUAGCAUCAAGCAACGUACCACAAGCGUAGCCAGGGCUUGCUUUGCCUUGAAGUCGACCUAUAAAUGGUGUCUUUCUGGUACUCCUGUCCAAAACCGAAUUGGAGAAUUUUUCUCUCUUCUGCGGUUUCUGGAUAUCAAGCCAUUUGCAUGUUACUUCUGUAAGGUGUGUCCGUGUCAGGAAUUGCACUGGUCACAGGAUGCAGAAAAGAGAUGUACCCACUGUCGUCACAGUGGAUUUUCUCAUGUUUCCAUUUUCAAUCAGGAAAUUCUCAAUCCAAUCACCGAAUCGGACUCUCCAGAGGCUCGGAAAUCUGGCCUCGACAAAUUGAGAUACAUAACCGAUAGAAUUAUGCUCCGACGCGUUAAAAAGGAUCACACGUCUUCUAUGGAGCUCCCACCCAAACGGGUGAUACUUCACAAUGAAUUCUUUGGAGAAAUCGAACGGGACUUUUCUUCCAGUAUUAUGACUAACACUAGUCGACAAUUCGAUACGUAUGUCAGUCGAGGUGUUAUGUUAAACAACUACGCAAACAUUUUCGGUCUCAUCAUGCAAAUGCGCCAAGUCGCCAACCAUCCAGAUUUAAUUUUGAAAAAAAACGCUGAAGGAGGCCAAAACGUUCUCGUUUGUGGCAUCUGCGAUGAACCCGCUGAGGAACCGAUACGGUCUCGUUGUCGCCACGACUUCUGCCGCCAAUGUGCCAAGGACUACAUCCGGUCGUUCGACGAGGGCGGAGAACCCGACUGUCCGCGCUGCCACAUCCCGCUUUCCAUUGACUUUGAGCAGCCAGAUAUCGAACAACAGGAGGACCAUGUUAAGAAAAAUUCGAUUAUCAACCGUAUCAAAAUGGAAAAUUGGACGUCGUCAACUAAGAUCGAAAUGCUCGUGUACGAUCUGUUCAAACUACGCAGUAAGAAGCAGACGCACAAGUCUAUAGUCUUCUCGCAGUUUACAUCUAUGCUUCAGUUGGUUGAAUGGCGUUUGCGGCGAGUUGGAUUUAACACGGUCAUGUUGGAUGGAAGUAUGACCCCAGCACAGCGCCAGAAAUCCAUUGAACACUUUAUGAAUAAUGUCGACGUCGAGGUUUUCCUUGUCUCUCUUAAAGCAGGGGGUGUUGCCUUGAAUCUCACGGAAGCGUCUAGAGUCUUUAUCGUUGAUCCAUGGUGGAACCCAGCCGCGGAAUGGCAGAGCGCAGAUAGAUGUCAUCGGAUCGGCCAGCGGCGGCCAUGUGUUAUCACCCGACUCUGCAUCGAAGACUCAGUGGAAUCGCGCAUGGUCCUUCUCCAAGAGAAGAAAGCCAAUAUGAUCAGGGGGACGAUCAAUAAGGACCAGAGCGAGGCGUUGGAGAAACUGACGCCGGAGGACAUGCAGUUCUUGUUCCGGGGGACAUAA